GUGUUCGUCGCGCGCGCAUUUCGUUUGAAUCUACGUUGAGCUCUAUCACUAAAAUCAAGCAAAUUUUUUCUUCUCAAUAUAUAAUCAUGACUCUUCAUGGUCGUCCAAUGGAAGGCCAUAACUCGAAGGAUUUUACAACCCUUAAAGACAAAGAAUUCAUCUGGCACGUGACUCUUAAACACGAGUGAGAUCUGGUGUGAAAAGCGAUGUCUUGCGUCAACAUCACGGCAAGUCGAUAUCCCCUCGAGUACUGGGAUCGAAGAUCAAUUGAUUUAAAUGACGAGGGAGUGGAUGAAUUUUCAACGAAUAAUAACAAUAAUAAUCAGCACUAUCAACGGUAUCCACGUUUUUCAACAGUGACGUCAACCGAUUUAUCAAACGUUAAUUUGUCAUCGUCAACGGCAACAUUGUCGGGAAAUGGAAAUCUUUUGGAAAAUCUGAUAGUACCACUUUAUGCAACAAUAUUUCUUCUAUCGGUUGUGGGAAAUUCCCUUGUGCUGAUUACAUUGGCAAGAAAUAAACGAAUGCGAACUGUGACCAACGUCUACCUGUUGAACUUGGCAGUGUCGGACCUACUGCUUGGAGUCUUUUGCAUGCCAUUCACGCUCCUCGGCCAGAUGCUCAAGAACUUCGUUUUCGGAAACGCCAUGUGCAAGCUCAUACCCUAUUUCCAAGCUGUUUCAGUUUCCGUGGGAGUGUGGACACUCGUUGCCAUAUCUUUGGAGAGAUAUUACGCCAUAUGUCGUCCUCUUAAAUCGAGAAGAUGGCAGACACAAUGUCACGCUUAUAAAAUGAUUGUUGUCGUUUGGGCCAUAAGUCUCGUCUGGAGUGGUCCAAUUUUCGUUGUAUCAAAGCUCAAAAGUAUCAGGGGAGGUAGACACAAGUGUCGGGAGGACUGGUCGAAUGUGGUCACUGAGAGGGCGUAUAAUAUUUUUUUGGACGGUAUUUUACUUCUUGUGCCAUUAAUUGUCAUGAGUUUAGCGUAUUAUUUAAUAGCUAGUAAAUUAUGGAGGGGCCUUAAACGUGAAAUUCGUCAGAGUUCUGUGUGCCUUGGAAAAUUACGGGAAUUUCCAAGCAGAAUAAGUCGCGAGAGAUCGAUGGAUCGUGAGCAUUCGGGAAUAAUGGAGAGAACAACAAUGUUUAAUUCGCGAUGUGACGAUUUAAUGGGCGGUCCUUCAAAUUCAAUGUCUUCCACAAAACACUCGAGAGCCAGUCGAAUCAGCUCAAAUCGCCGUACAAUGUCUGCCAAGAUUCGACGAAUUAAAACAUCGACGAGAAAUUCGACAAACGUAGAUGUUAAUGUCAAUGUGAAUGCUAGCAUCGAUUUGAAUUCAAUUACAACAUUACCACGUACUCGUGGCACUGCCAAUGGAAAUGGAAAGAGGGGCUCGUCCAUUUAUCGAGAGGCUGAGGAACCUGGAGGAAUUAUUGAGAGUCGCCAAAAUUCCACUUAUACCUUUGGACGACAACAUGUCAUUCGCAGUAACUACAUGGGGAAAAGUAUUGAGGCCAAAAAGAAGGUAAUCAGAAUGCUCUUCGCCAUUGUACUGGAAUUUUUCGUCUGCUGGGCGCCUUUACACGUUAUCAAUACGUGGUAUCUGUUUGCACCAGAUUUGGUCUACUCUCAUGUUGGCAGCACUGGAAUUAGUCUUGUUCAACUAUUGGCUUAUAUUUCAAGUUGCUGCAAUCCUAUCACCUAUUGCUUCAUGAACCGGAAGUUCCGACAAGCCUUCCUCAGUCUCUUUGAUUGCUACAGUUGCUGGAGAUUGCGAUGUGGGGACCGUGGAAACUCCAGAGGGGUCACAAGAAAUAUCACUCAAGCUGGAAACAGUGAAGUCAGUGCAAACGAUUCAGCCAUUUACUUAAACCGUGCAUCAAUCAUUGGCAAAUCAGAGGUGGUUCGACUUUUAGGCGAAGAGGAUCGUGUUUAGCAAAGAGCUUCGCCUGGAACGAUCGAUAAUUCAUGUUCCAGGAGAUGUUUGAAGACGACUGAAAUUUUUGAUCCACAUUGAUAUUUUAAAUUAUGUGGUGGUGGUACUGAAUUUGUGUUUGCAACUCUCUUAUUGAUGAUUUUUCUUCAGCAUAUUAAGCCAAACUCAUGUUUAAAAGUUUGAUUUCCAACUUGAAAAUUACUUCAUUCUGUGGUGUACUUAUUAUUUUUUUUUGUCAAAGCGAAUAUUGAAAUAAAAGUUACCUAAUGGAAAAAAAGAAAUAAAAGAGAGUGAAAAUAAAAAAAAGAGUCAUAAAGCGUGCGAGUAAAUUUGACUCUUAAUGGACGAAAAUCAAAAAUCGUUUAGAGACUUUUUAAUUCAAAAAAAAGUGAAGACAAUGAAAAUAUAAUGUAAUAAAAAAAGACGAAUUCUUUUUAUUGAAAUUUAAAACCGUAAAGCGA